CGACACCGGCUGUCAUGCUACUCGAGUUCAGACAUGGCCGACGACAAGACUCCUCCGAAGACUGAUGCUCCCUUCGCCACCAGGAUAGACCCCGCGAAGGAAGAGCUGUCCCGGGAACAGGCGUACUUCAUCAGACAGGUGGAGCUCGCACAGUGGAAGAAGAAGACGGCGAAGCUGCGGACUCGUAACGUGGUGACGGGGCUGGCCAUCGGCGCGCUGGUGCUGGGCAUCUAUGGCUACACAUUUUAUUCAGUGUCUCAGGAGCGGAUCAUGGAUGAGAUUGACGAGGAGGCCAAGCGGGCGAGACUGCGGGGACCGAAGACGGGAGCCAACUGAAGCUUGAUGUAUCAGCCGUUUACGGACCGUGUGCUGCUGCUCUUUACCAGCAGGGGACUGAUGAUGACACUGAUUCAUACUCCUGGGCUGGCUGCUGUCACAACUGGACUUUCUUCUUGAUUGUUGGCGACUGGUUGUGGAGUUCUUUUGUCAGCUUAAAAACUGACAGGUUUGGAUGUUUAUGAAGCUUCCUGUCAGUGGUGCAGUUUGAUCAGCUGACCUCAACAUGGCCUUUUUUAAUGCUAAACAAAAGGCCCAGACCUCGCCCAAGUUUCCAGCCCUGAUUCCAUAAUUUACACAGAAUAAGAGGGUAUAUACAACAAAAAAAGCAGUCUGAUCAUGAGUUCAACUACAGUGGCCUUCCACAACAGAGAAUGGCAUUGGUGUAUGAAUCAAUUCUGGUGAAAUCUGCUAUUUAUGCUGAUUUGUAUAAUAAAAUUAUAUGUACUGGAUGCUCA